AACGAGCGGCUCAUCAGCAUGGCCUACGGCCAGAUCGGGAUGAUCCAGGCGCUGGGCGGGUUCUUCGCCUACUUCGUGAUCCUGGCGGAGAACGGGUUCCUGCCCUCGUGCCUGGUGGGGAUCCGGCUGCGCUGGGACGACCGCACCAUCAACGACCUGGAGGACUCCUACGGGCAGCAGUGGACGUACGAGCAGCGCAAGGUGGUGGAGUUCACGUGCCACACGGCGUUCUUCGUCAGCAUCGUGGUCGUGCAGUGGGCCGACCUCAUCAUCUGCAAGACGCGGCGCAACUCCGUCUUCCAGCAGGGCAUGAAGUGAGUCUGGGGUCCCCAAAAUCCUGG